CUUUAGAUAGGAAGGUCACAACGUUCACCAUCGCCUAUGCUCUAGCAGUCAGUGCGGAACGGCCUGCGUGUGCGCACGUCAAUCGAAAACGCGCCGCCUCGAUCGCGAACUGUGUCGAACGUGCCGUUACAAUAGUGUUUCAUAAUCUGUGAUUGUUUACUUUUUAAUUUCCACACGAUAACAUUGGAAAUACCGCACACAGCUAACGACUCUUAAGAGAUAUCGACUGACUUCAAUGCCGCCCUCACAGGUGACAGCUGACGUCAAAUAAACGAGUUAAGACGACAAUGUGACGACACGUUCCCGCCACAAGUGUCCGCCAUCUUGUUUUUCAAACGCAAACUACCAGAUUAAAUAUGGCUCUUUUGUGGUGUGUAUUGGCAUGUGCGCUGUCGGUUGCGUACGCGCAGUCCAACUACGGAUCGCAGGCGAACAAUAUCGAAUACCAAGGGGAUGGACUGCCGGAGCAAACUAUUUUGGAUGGAAAGGUGACGAAGUUAGAUGACUUGAGUCCUGUUAUCUUCUUGAACCGAACGAGAGCAACUUUGAAUUGCGCUGCUGGGUCUAUGCAGAUCGAACUGAAAUUCAAUGAAAAAUUCUACGGUAUCGCGUAUGCUGAUUUCGAUCGUCACUCAGCGUGCCAAGUAGCUGGCAAGGGCGCUACUUCAUACAAACUAGAGCUGCCGUUAAAGGGAUGUGGUACCAAACAGGAUCCUCUCCGAGUUUUUACCAACAAUAUCGUCGUGAGAUUUCACCCAGGACUGGAAAUGGACGGAGACGAGGUCAUCACUAUCGUUUGUCGUUAUCCACCCCCCAUCGUGCCAGUCUUCAACCCUCUCAUAUACACGCCAGAAGCCAAGGGAGCGCUCCCAGCGAAGGCUCCACUCGCUGGCACUCAUAUUCUCAUGAUCAUCUGUGCCAUCCUCUUCCUGACCCUAAUGCUGCUGGGUUUGGGAGUCUCCUACCUGUGUCUGAGGAGACGUGCCCUGCCGGCGCCGAGAAGACUCAUCGAUGAUUCCUCAGCUUCAAUUAUCAGUAGAGAGAGUAUUCAAGAGGUAAAGAUCCCUCGCGCGCACCCCGUGUACCCGGUGACGGCGGAGAGCGCCAGCGUCGCGUCCGACACGAUACCGUCUGACUACCCGUCGGAGACGCCCAGCGAGGCGGAGGCGCACGUCAACCAGGCCUUCAUGAUUGACGAGUACCAGAGCGAGGGUUAUGGCGAAUCUCACGAAACAAGUGCUCACUCGCGCAUGCACUCCCAAGCAGGCGCACCAGCCUUCGACGUACGCGUACGAGUACAACGACCACCUGCCCCACCUUCCCCCAUCUCGACCAUCACUACCACUGAGGUUGACGGCGGUAGCAUGAGGCAAAUGACAACGUUAGAUGAACACGAGCGCCAGGAGUCAGUGCGCACCGUGUCGCCGGGCGCGCUGCCGCUGCCGGCGCGCGCCGCCCGCGCCGAGCCGCCCGCGCGCCCGCCGCGCCCGCCCGCGCUCUACUCCGAAGUCAGCAGGGAGCGACAGGAUUGGGCGCGUCGUCCGCGCUCCAUCGCGUCCCUCAACACGGAGAUGACGGACACGCACUCCGUCACCGAAGUCACUGACAGGUCGCACGCGAGAAUGUUCCACAUCAAGAAACCUCCUCCACCACCUCCUGUGAUGAAGGAACGUCUGGAAACUGAGGAGCAAGAAAUGCUCAUGGAAAGCCUUGAGCCCAUUUCCGAAACACCCAUUAUGCCUGCUAGGAAACCCGAAAUAACCUCUCACGUAGUAGACGACGUGUUCCUCCGCACGAUAACCGAGAAGAAAACGAUCGAGGACAUCGAGCGCCACAAGCGGCUGGUCACGGAGUACCGCCAGGUGCCACCUCCGCCGCCGCAGUUCGACGUGACCAUCCGCAACCACACACUGCCUGACGCGCAGUGGGAGAACUUCUCGGACAUCAGCAGCGCCUCUGGCAUGACGCUGACACCGAAGAUGGAGAGGGUGCCGUUGUCGCUACCGCCUCAGAAGUACAUUGGUAAAGGUGGUCCAGAUCUGUUCUCCCCUGAGCUGAUCAAGCAGACGGGUGCGGUAUACCCGUCACCAUCAUCUCCCGAUCUGCCCUUACUGCCUGAGCUGCCGCCCGCACGUAAUCCCUUGUACAGAGAAGAAGAUGACGAAGAUGUAGCAGAACCGACUCCAGCCCCACCGGUGCCACCAAACUGGAACGUUCUUACCAGGGUGUUGAAGACAGAAGCACAGGAUGAGGUGCUCUUAGAAACGGAGCGAUCGUACCGCCUCACCCGCGAGGAACGUCUCCGCUGGCGCGAGCUGAUAACACACGAGAGCACUCUCCGCCGGGAACUGGCUCGCUCCUCCACACGCGAGGACUUCACUCGAGUGGCGCACGACCAUCGCUUCGCCCCGUUGUACGCGCCGCCCAAGUGGGAGGUUAUCAUACGUAUUCUGGCUCCCCCACCCGACAAGCCUAAGAACCGGUACCGCAAGAAGUCUGAGUGGGAGUCCCGGUCGCGGCGCAGCUCGCUGCCCACGCUGUACGAGUACGACAGCGACGCCGCCUCCCUGCGCGACCCGCCGCGCUCCCGGCGCUCCUCCUACCGCAGCGACCACGGAGACAUGAGGUCGAUGUCGGAAAUGAUGGUCGAUUACGCGCGAGAACAGGCGGACACUCACUCCGAAGUGUCGGCGGGCACGCUACUCGGCAGGUACUACGACGACGACAGUGACUCCGAGCACCAGUACCCUCAUAACCCGUCGUGGCGCCACUCGCUGCACCGCUCCGUGAGCCAGCCGUCGCUGGCGCGCUCCGCCACCGAGCUCACCGAGCAGUGGACGGCGCCCGACGGGGACGUCACGCCCACGCCCGGCCGCAGGGGCAGAGGUUCCCAAGGCGUGACCACCUUCACGUCAUCUGAAGUUCGUACGUUCCAAGCGUCACGAGAAUGGCGGGACUAAUAAUGAGAUCUGAGUCCACACAAUCGAAUAACCAAUUUUAAUUAACCAUUCGGUAGUCGGAAUUGAUCGUGGAUGAUUGGAAAUCGAUCAAUGCGAUAACAACAAUGCAAGAUACGCCAAUGUUAUGAAUGAAUGAACGAAAAGACCGGAACGUCAUCGUUUGUCCUAAUGCCAAUUAAGUUAUAAUCGGGAAUUAUUUUGAACGAUAUCGAAUGAGUAAUUCAAAUAAGGCCAUUUAAAGUAUAUAAAUAUAAAAUAGGGACAUAUCCAUGACGUUUGUCAACACAAACGUCAUGAAUAUGUCAUCUAUCAAUAAUCAUCUCUUUAAAUCUAGAGACCUGAAACUAUGGCCCUUAUAGAUGAUGAAAAAAUAUAAACCAUCUUUAAUUAUUGUAUAUGAUAAACACUGCCUCAUAGGGUUAUGUUGGGUCAUUUCCAAUUAUUUUUCAGAUUACAUGUAGUUAGGAAGCUGGCGAACAAAAUUUCUACACGGUUCACUAAUUUAUGGAAGUGUUGUAAGAUAUAGAUUGUGUUUAUUUAUCAUCUAUGAUAAUAUUAUAAACGUGAAAGCAACUCUGUCUGUCUGUUACUUUUUCACGGCCAAGCUGCUGAACCGAAUUUGAUGAAAUUAGCAGUAUGCUGCAAGCUGAAACUUCAAGGAAGGACUGAUAGAUGACUGUUUAUACCUAAAAUUAGCGUACUUCAAAAAACCUGACGGCUAACCCAAUCGUCAGGUUUAAAAAGCGAGUGAAACUCCGCUUGGCAACUAGUUGAAUACUUAUUGAAAUCUUCGCCUACUUCGUAACCAAUCGUAUUAUCAAAGUCAAAUGUAAAUUUGGUAACUAAUUCAUUUAAAAUAAAUUCAAAUUUAAAUGGAUUUAUUUUAAUUGUUUAUAUUUUUUUUUUUGCAUGGCAAUGAUAGAUAUAGGUAAGGAUUUUGUGUUCUAAAUAGUUUAUAGUUGCCAGUAUCGUUAAUGUUGCAACUAUAAAUAUAAAUACAAUUUAUGUUUAUAAUCUAUUAUAAUUGAUUUUGGUUCAAUUAUCGUAGGAAACAAAUCGAUUAUUGUAAUUUCAUUUAAAGUGAUCUGUCUAUCCGUCCAAUUUCUUUUAAUGUAAUACAUUAGGAUAACAAGACUAAUAGUACGCUCUAAUAAAAAACGCUUAAAUUUAAUUAUAUAUCUUCGUUUAUGAAAUAUUAGUACGUAGACAUAGUCAUUAUUAUUGGAGUUUACAUUUUUGUAAAUAAAUAAAUAUUUUGGUCCGUCCAAUAGAUAUUUAGUAAUAUCAAUACAUUCAUAUUUAAAUUGCAAUUAUAUUUUUUGUACACAUUUAUAAAAAGUUAUUCGUUAAGAAAAUCAAGUGGACAAAUCGUGUAAUUAUAAAAUGUUUUAUUAAAAUUAUAUUAAUCAAUAUACGAAAACUUGGUUGUAUUUUUAAUUUGUAUUUUAAAACGAAUACAAUAAAAGGAAAUCAAUAUAAAGAUACCUUUAGUACAAGCGAGUUUAUAGUUUUAAACAAUCAACUCAGUUUUCCAACUUUGUAUUUUGCUUCAAGUAAAUUUGACAUAUCUAUUUAAUCAUCUUUUUUUUUAAUAAUUCUAUCUGUAUAAGGUAAACUACCACUGUGCCAAAUAUUUUAGCUUCAAAUUUUGCCUUUAUGUAUAACCAGUGGUGUUUCAUUUUUUAUUUAGUUGUAAAUAUUUUAUACAAUGGAUUGUAAAAAAACCUAGCAGCUGAGGCAAGUCGUGCGCUUAAAAUUAUUAAAAUAAUUUUAAUAGACACUCCUGAUAUACAGACUUAUUAUAACGAAAAAUAUUUUUUUGUUUCGUGUGUAAAAAUCUUUCUAAGUCUAUAAUUUUAAAAUAUCAUUCUUGCCUCGAUUGCUAUGUAUGUGUGGGUUGUAUGGGAGAAGGUAUGUUUAUAGUGCUCAAGAUGUGCUUAUAACAUAUGACAGAAAAUGAAAUGAAUCUUAAUAACAUAGCCAUAAAGUUCAAAUUCAAAAAAUAUAGAAAAUAGUUUUCAUUUUAUUUUUAUAUAUAUAUAUGUUUUGACUUUGACAAUUAUUAAGUAAAACUAACGAGAUAAUAAAAAGUAAGCGGUGCUAAGGAGAUAAAUGACCUAAAUACAUAUUUACAUACUGAUUAUAUUGUAUUUUGAUAAUUUUAAUCAAUAUACGUGCCUUAACAUUU